GGUGCGGCCGGGCCGGAGCCGCCGGAGCGAUCACUGGGCCCGGAGCGGUCACUGGGUCCGGAGCCGCCGGAGCGGUCACUGGGCCCGGAGCGGUCACUGGGCCCGGAGCGGGGCCGGCGGGGAGCGGCGGCAGCGGGUGAGGACAUGCGGCGGGGGCCAUGAGCGAGCGGUGGGACGUGGGCCGGGCCCUGGCGCUGGCCGCGCUGUUCCGGCUGCUGCAGGGCGCGGGCCGGGGCUGCGCCGCGCCCUUCGUGCCGCUGUACCUGCGGCUGCUCGGGCUGCCCGCGCCGCUCGUGGGGGCCGCGGCCGGGGCCCGGCACCUGGCGGCGCUCGCCGUGCCCCUGUGCUGCCCGCGGGGCCGCGCCGGCCGGCGGCUGCUGCUGGCGGGGUCGGUGCUGGGCUCGGCCGGGGCCAGCCUGGCGCUCACCCUCAUCCCGCCCGCGGGGGACACGGGCUGCGACCGCAGCGGGCAGCUCGGCCUGCCCGGCUCCCUGCCCUCCGCUCUCCCUUCCACUCUGCUCGUCCCGGUGCCCACCACAGUGCCCAGCCCGAUGACCAGCCCAGUGCCCAGCCCCGGCACAAGCAGUUACACAGCGUUAAGCUCGAGUGCUGUGACGGACACGAGAGCUGUGCCAAAGGGAACGGGGAGAGCAGCUGCUGACGUGUUGGCAGCGAGCAGGAAGCCCGCUCUGGGCAUUUCAACCUUCCAGGGGUUGUUGGGCACACCAGGUGCACUUCAGGAAAACGGCAGAGGACUUGGGGAAGGCGAUCCGAAGGGAGAUGGCUCCUUGGACGGUCUCUCUGGCUGGACAGUGAGAGCCAUUGAUCAGCGGACACAGGAGCCAGAAAGGCCGGCUUCCUCCGGACCUCCCUCCCCCGGACUCCAGGAGGAAACUCCGGGUUCUGCUGCAACAGAUCUUGCUGUUGAUGCUGAGGAAAGCCUAAAUGCUACUGAGAGUAAUGAGCCAGCUUUGUUUAAAACAGCUUUUCCAACAGCUGUUGGAAAUGCCUACGUGUCUGAAAACCUUUUGGAGUCUCGAGAUGUCAAGUUCAAGGCAGUGCAAAGCAUCUUCCAGGACAGAGAGUAUCAAGUUUUUCUCAUGGUCCUGGGCGCUGUGGUGCUUUGGGAGCUGUUGGCCACUUCCCUGGAAUGGACCAUGGAUGAGAGUGUCUACGAGUACCUGGACUUUGUGGACGCCACGGACAGGUUCGGGCGGCUCUGGCUGUGGAGUUCUGCGGGCGCGGCCGCCGGAGCCUGCGGUGUGUCCGUGCUGGUGGAUCAGCUGGAUUGCUCCCUCGGCCGCUCCAUCCCCCGCCUCGCCGUGCACUUCUACAGCUACGCUGUCCUGGCAAUGCUCUCACUGCUUGUCAGCGCCUUCUUUCCCGGCCACAUUCCCAGGAAGAGCGCCCGUGCUCCCAGGCUGGCCAAAGCGCUGGCCCUGCUGUGGGGGGACGGCCGGGCGCUGCUGUUCGCGGGCACCAUGUUCCUCGUGGGUGCUGCCAGCUCUGCCGGGCACAACUUCCUCCUGUGGCAGCUGCAGGACCAGGGCAGCAGCGAGCUCCUCAUGGGGCUCUGGGUGGCCCUGGGGCCUCUGGCAGAGCUGGGCCUUCACCCCCUCAAGGGGCAGCUGCUGCGGGCACUGCCGGGCGCCAGGAUGGUGGUGCUGAGCCUGGGCGUGCUGGCAGCGCAGCUCCUCAGCUACUCCCUGCUCCGGGCUCCGUGGGCAGCGCUCCCCGUGCAGGCGCUGUCCGCCCUCAGCAGCGGGGCCCUGCGCUGGCAGCUGGAGGGGACAGUGGGGGACAUCGCCAGGCCGGGCACGGAGCGCGCCCUGCACGCCCUGCUCGGGGGGCUCUGGGCGGGAGGAGCCAGCCUGGGCAGCUUUGGGGGCGGGUUUGUGGUGCAGCACUUGGGGCUGGCAGUGCUGUUCCAGGCCAGCUGCGUGGGGCUCGGGCUCUGGAUCCUCUUCUUCAUAAUUGUCCAAUCCAGACUGCCCCGGCAGAGGAAAAUUAAUUAUUCCCGACUCCUGGCUGCUGAUUCCAGUGAAAUGAGCGACUCUGAGGAGGAGAACGAGAAGGACUGGCUGGUAAAGGCCAUGAAGGAUGAGAGCUUUAACAGAAAUUGGAUACAGCAGCACGGGGUCAACUAAUCUGUACCUAAAUCUGCGGGGUGGCAUGGGAACCUGGUAUAAUGAUAAUAUCCAGGAAUCACUGUUAAUUCUAAAGUGCUAACUAUAUACAGGCUGUGUCUGACGGGAGAGAUUUUUAUUUUUUAAAAAAAAUUAUAAAUCUUAUUUUCUUACUUUAUAGGCUUCUUCCUUUUUUUUUGUAAUUUUUCCUUUUUAACUUGAUGAUUUUGCUGCCAAAAUCCCAAAAGGAUGUUUCAGGUGUACAUUGGCUGAAAUGAAUGUGGAUGAGUUUUUAGACGAAAAACAAACUUGGAUCGUUGCUGCCAGUGCUGCAGCCGAGGCUGUGAGUGACAGCUGUGACCUGGGCUGUGACACAAUCAGAUGGAAAUGACUGACGUGCUGACAGCACACGGAACCCUUCCAAGGCGGCUGUAAACUCUUUGCACUCUGUAAGGGCUGUGAAUAAAAACCUGGUUCAUUUGUAAAAGAAGGUUUUGCUGCAGACCA